UGGCGCCACCCAGAGCAAGCAGAGAAGAACGCGCAUGCGUGGGCUCGCGUGAUUUGCUGGGGUCCUGGAGGAGAGACUGUCCAGCUUUAUAGGAGAAUCUUUGACUGUGGGAUUCACACGUGCAUCGAAAGAGGGUUGCUCCACUGGGCGUACAGGGAACUUCAUAGAAUGGAGGCCCCACCUGUUACUAUGAUGCCAGUCACUGGCGGUACCAUUAACAUGAUGGAACAUUUGCUUCAAGGUAGCGUUUUGGAUCAAAGUCUGGAAAGUCUUCUUCAUCGACUCCGUGGCCUUUGUGACAACAUGGAACCCGAGACUUUUGUAGAUCACGAGAUGGUCUUCCUUCUCAAAGGGCAACAGGCCAGCCCGUUCGUCCUCCGCACGCGACGCUCCAUGGACAAACCUGGUGCUCCUUGGCACUUGCGGUAUCUUGGACAGCCGGAAAUGGGAGACAAAAACCGCCAUGCCUUGGUACGGAAUUGUGUGGAUAUUGCCACCUCAGACAACCUGACAGACUUCCUGGUGGAAAUGGGCUUCCGCAUGGACCACGAGUUUGUAGCCAAGGGACAUGUGUUUCGCAAAGGCAUUAUGAAGAUUGUGGUGUACAAGAUUUUUCGCAUCCUUCUCCCAGGAAACACCGAUAACAUUGAGCCUUUAUCGCUCUCCUACCUGGUGGAGCUCAACAUUGUGGCACCAGCAGGACAAGACAUGGUUUCCGAUGACAUGAGGAGUUUUGCUGAGCAGCUAAAGCCCCUAGUCCAUUUAGAGAAAAUAGAUCCUAAAAGAUUGAUGUGAGAUGGAUUGUAACGGCAGUGGGAUCAUUCCUUUUACAAAGAUUUCAGAAAUACGUAUCUCCUUCUAAAGAAAAAUACAUUAAGAGAGACUGGUUGCCUUACACUUAGGGGUCUCCAACCUUAGUAACUUUAAGACUUAUGGACUUCAACUCCCAGAAUUCCUCA